AAUUAGCACGUGUUUGUUUAAUUGCCCCUCAUGCUCUUACACACAUCUAAUCACUGACAAAUGCCCUCAAAGAAACAUAAAGGCGAUCAUAACUGUUUCUGAAUAAUUAAUUGUCAGUGAAAUUGCGUGGUUCUAGGGUUUCCAGUUUAUCAUUGUUCGUGUUUCGGGUCGAUGGGUGGCAAGGAAAAAGUGAACUUCUCAUCCAGGUUAUACUCGACGAGUGCCAGAACUUCACCUCACGCACACUAUAAGACCUGUGCUCACUCACUCUUUCUGUGAAAGGGCAGAAAGAGCUGCAUGAGCUUCACCCAGAGCUGAGUGAGACCGCUCCAGCCAGUUCAGAACAUUCUGGAUCUUCUAACAAACAGACACAAGACCAUGAGAGGAAGAUGCCUCGGGACAGUUUGAUCGCCUCUGAUAAUGACGCUGACAUUACCUUGGAGUUUGAAGGUGGUGAGGAAGGGGGGCACAAGGAAAGAAGACACCGUGAGAAAAGAAGAGAUGGAAGCAAAGACAGGAGGAAGAGGGGAAAUGGGAGGAGAAGGCAAGGAUCCAGAUCUGUAGAGAGAGAAAACGAGGAGGAAAGAGUUGGGGAAAGAGAGAAAGAAAGGAAAAGAAGAGUCAAAAAGGAUCAGGAAGCAAAAAAAAGAGACAAGGAGGAGGGGGAUCGUGCUCAGACGAGAAGUGAAAAAACUGCAAAAGCAAAAAAGAAUAUUAAAAAUGAAAAAAGAAGAAGGUCAGAGAAAGAAGGAGAGGCAGGAGAAAGAACAGAAAAAGGUAAGAAGAAAGUGCAAAGUGCCAAAAAAGAGAAGAGUGUGAACCACGGGACAAAAGAUAAAACACACGAAGAGAAGAAAAAAAAGCGCAAGAAGGUUUUAGAAACAAGCUCAGAACAAGAGACGAGUGAGGAAGACUCAGAGGAUAAAGAAGACAGUGAAGAUGAGGAGGUAAAGCCUGAGAGUCUGUCCCCAGAAGAGCUGGAGAAGCUGAAGGAGGCAGUAGACGACAAGAAAAAGCUGAUCCAAAGUUUGAGGGGGAAACCCUGGCCAAUGAAGAAGAAGCUUGUUACUUUGCGGGAGUCUCAGGAGUUUCUGGAGAAAUACGAGGGAGCUCUGGGGAAAGGAAAAGGCAGGAAACUCUAUGCAUACAAAGUCAUGAUGAUGAAGAAGUGGAUGAAGUUCCAGCGAGACUUUGAAAACUUCAAAACUGCCUGCAUUCCAUGGGAGAUGAAAAUCAAAGAGAUAGAAAGUCAUUUCGGCUCCUCGGUUGCCUCAUACUUCAUCUUCUUAAGGUGGAUGUAUGGCAUCAACAUGAUCUUAUUUGGUCUGACCUUCGGCUUGGUUAUGGUUCCAGAGGCAUUGAUGGGGCGACCGUAUGGGAGCAUCCCAAGAAAGACUGUACCCAGAGCUGAGGAGGCCUCUGCCAUGGACUUUGCUGUCCUCUGGGACUUUGGGGGUUAUGCCCAAUAUUCUGUCCUCUUCUAUGGUUUCUACAGCAACCAGCGUGCCAUCGGCUGGCUCAAGUUCCGCAUGCCUUUGUCUUACUUCUUAGUUGGUGUGGGGACAGUGGCUUACAGCUAUAUGGUUGUUAUAAGAACGAUGGCUCGUAAUGCAAACGAGUCUGGAGUUGGAGAUGACAACAGUUUCAACUUCAGCUGGAAGAUGUUUACCAGCUGGGAUUACCUGAUAGGGAACCCCGAAACGGCAGACAAUAAGUUUGCCUCCAUCACCACUAGCUUUAAGGAGGCAAUAUUAGAGGAGCAAGAAAGUCGAAAGGACGACAACAUCCAUCUGACUCGCUUCCUGCGAGUGCUGGCAAACUUUCUGGUUUUGUGCUGCUUGGCUGGAAGCGGAUAUCUCAUUUAUUUUGUUGUGCGGCGCUCUCAAAAGUUUGCCUUAGAUGGUUUGGAAAAUCACACCUGGUGGGAAAGAAAUGAGGUGAACAUGGUCAUGUCACUGCUGGGGAUGUUCUGCCCCAUGCUUUUUGACGUCAUCAGCACCCUGGAGAACUACCAUCCACGUGUCGCCCUGCAGUGGCAGCUGGGUCGCAUCUUCGCCCUCUUUUUGGGAAACCUGUACACCUUUAUCAUUGCACUCAUGGAUGAGAUUAAUGUUAAAAGAGAUGAGGAAAAAAUAGUAAAGUUUAACAUAACCAUGUGGGAAGCAAGUCUUUAUAAUGGUACAGUAUCAGAAAACUUCACCGCUCCACCCAUCACCAUCCACCCUGCUGAUGUGCCCCGAGGACCCUGCUGGGAGACCAUGGUAGGCCAGGAGUUUGUUCGGCUGAUCAUCUCUGAUACCAUGACGACUUACAUCACGCUGCUGAUUGGGGACUUCUUACGGGCCGUUCUUGUACGUUUUCUGAACCACUGCUGGUGCUGGGACCUUGAAGCUGGAUUUCCAUCCUACUCUGAGUUUGACGUCAGCGGGAACGUCCUGGGCCUCAUCUUCAAUCAGGGAAUGAUAUGGAUGGGGGCCUUCUACGCUCCCUGCCUGCCUGCCUUAAACGUCCUGCGGCUGCAUGUGUCCAUGUACCUGCAGUGCUGGGCUGUGAUGUGCUGCAAUGUGCCACAGGAGCGAGUCUUCAAAGCUUCAGGCUCUAACAACUUCUACAUGGCCAUGCUGCUGGUCAUUCUCUUCCUCUCCACUCUGCCUGCUAUCUACACCAUUGUCACUAUCCCCCCUUCCUUUGACUGUGGACCCUUCAGCGGCAAGAACCGGAUGUUUGAUGUGAUCCAAGAGACGUUGGAGUCUGACUUUCCAGCCUGGUUCAGUAAAGUGUUCAGCUAUGCUUCCAAUCCUGGUCUAGUGCUGCCCUUCAUAUUACUUAUGGUAUUGGCCAUUUAUUACCUGCAAUCUACAUCUAAAAGCUACAAAGAAGCAAAUGUGGAACUGAAGAAAAAACUUCAAAUGCAAAAUGAAGAAAACAAGAAGAAAAACAAGAAGGCCGCACAAAAAGCACUAAUGGAUCUGGAGGAGGCAAGAAAGGUUGCACUGGAGUCUGCAGGCCAUCAGAGAAACAACAAUGCUUCAUACCAGGGUCAGCAGGCCAGAGAGAUGCAACCAGCCACAAGAGUCCCAAGAACCAUCAACCACAGGAGCCACGGGAACCCAGGAUAUCUGCCCAAUUUCCCUCUGCAAAACGAAACCAUGAUCCGCCGGGCACCGAGCCUACAGAGACACUGAAUGAAUGGAAAGGAACGCACAGCAAAGCACUUUACAGAGAGACUCAUGUUUGGAUUUAAAAAAAGAAAUGAGCAUGAUGUCCAUUUGUGUAUUCUUUUCUAACUAUAAAAAUAAUGUGUUCAAAAGUUUUAAAGCAAAGUGGAUAUUCAGCUUUUUAUUUCUUUAAAACUAUAAAACUUUUUAUUACGCUUAGAUUAAUGUAUUUUUUUUUUCUUUGUCCAAUUUUGUCUACCACCAGUUUAGAGUCAUUUGUCAAAAAAAGAUGUUAUGGACGGCUUAAUUUUCAUAAAGUGUUGGAGCUCCAAACACAGCGACUGAUCAGUUAUUCACCCUUUAAAAUGGAUGCAGUUUAAUGAGUACAAAACAGUCAUUUAAAUUCUCAUUGUGUAUCUGAGAUGUCUGAUAAAAAAACGUAUCAUGUGUCUCGUGUUUGAUUGGACUGUGUGCUGCUGGGCAUGAAAGAAAGAUCCUAUCAACCCAUUAUCUGAUUACUCACAUGAUUCUCUACCUGCUCUGAGACAUUUAGUCCAACAGGGGGAGUUCUAAAGGGUGUUACUGAUGUGGAAUUGUUUACCCUUUUUAGGUUGUAAGAAUGUUAAGAACCAGGAUUUUAUUUAUUGUUUUUAUGUUUAUAAACUUUAACCAGUAAGUGGUUAAUUGUAAAAUGGUGAUAAGAGACAUUUUUUAAAA